UUGGAUAACAAUAAUUCCACGUUUCCUACAACUUACUUCAUUCCUCGUGAUGCCACAUCCACAUGGGCAAGAGAGCACCCUUCAUCGUUGUAUAUUUUUCACUCAGAAGUUCAAAGGGAGGAGGACAUGUUUGCUUGCCGGUGACGUACUAAGACCGCUAUAUUCAUUCGUUUUGUUUUUUUGGUUUUCUGAGAGCUUCGACACGGUUGUUCGUCCAUUCCAUCCGUCAAUCAUGGCUUUUAGAGCACUGGGUGGUUGGAUAGCGAGUGGCAUAGCGGCAGGAAGACGGUCAUUCACCACGUCAACUACGCCGAAGAUGAAAUCUUUCACAUCAACGUCUGAUUCUGCUCAGGCUUAUCAUCAGACCAUAAUAAGGGCUGCGAAGGGAGAGUUUGUUCCGCUGUACGUGGCGCUGGGGAUGAUAACAUUGUCGGUGGGGCUGGGACUCUACACCGCAAAACAGGAGUUGCUGUACAGUCCAACGGUGUAUGUGAGUAAGAAGAAGAGGAAAACGGUGCCAGAGGUGGAAGAUCCAGAUCAUGUGGUGGAUGAGGCCGAUAAGUUCGUCAAUACGUCUUUCUUCAGGAAGGUGUCCCACAUACAGGAGUUUGAUCGCAAUCAAGCCAUCCCUGAUCCAACUCGACGUGACCCAUUUGCUCGCCCUAAUAAGAAGGCGGACACCUUGAAGUCGGUUGGAGUGGAACCCAGCAGUCAACAUUGAUUCAGCAGCUGCAGCUCUCGAGCAGCCAAGCGGUGGGACUCCUUCUGCCUGUAUACGUACGCAUACCAUCGAGGCAUCAACUAAACUUCAGUUUCAAAAUAAAAUUUGACCACAAACAAGAAGGUAAAAAAAUCUAUAAGGAAAAUAAAGAAGGGGUGCAAUUUGAUUUUUUCAUCCGAUUCCAUUCCAUUGAAUAUAUAUAUGACGCAGCCUGACGCUGACGCGCUCGACCGGGCGAGGACACAAGCACCGGACGAUCGAGCGGAAAGAAAACUCUUGUGCGUAUUCGAAUCUUCGAAAUUUUCCUCUUGCUGCCUUUGAUAUCCACCGUCCGAUAGUCAUCCUCAUCCAAUGCUACUUCUAGACAUCUUCGAAAUUUUCUUCAUGCUGCCUUCGAUAUCCACCGUCCGAUAGCCAUCCUCAUCCAAUGCUUAUCUAAUGCAUGGAGCUGUCACCAUUAUCCUAUGGUUUUUGGAUUGAAUUCGACCUUGAGUUAUGAUCGGGAUAUGCAAGGAUCGCAAAUCUAUAAUGUAGGCAUUGUCAGGAUCUUGUAUGGGUCGUAUUUUCGAGGUUGUAACUUAUUAUGCUUCUCAACGAGUAGGUGUUUUUUCUUUAAGAACACAAUGAUGUCAUUGUGAUGCUUCAGCUGCAAGCUUAUAUUUUGCAUUGGUUUUUUGAAGUUUCUGUUGUACUUUUUCCUAUACUGACUGGAUCUGUUCUGUUAA